AUGGUUCCUCGACGGAGUUUACGUGGUUUACUGACCAUGGGCAAUUAUCAGGAGCGGCAACACGUGACUGGAGACAGGGAACAUGGAUCCGGAGUGGCACAAUUCGGAUCCUUUUCUAAAGCUUAUAAACGCCUGUGCCUGGUCCUACUGUAUAGUGCGCUAUGGACAACGAUCUGUGUCGUCCUGGUCAAUAGACACAUACUACCCAAUUACGUUCGACAAACUGCGUAUACUAAUCACUGCGUACAGGCAGGGGAAGGUACUAUAUGCAGAGAUGCACGGCUUAGUGGCAGCCCACAGGAUGUGAACCCUACCACACCUACUUUGAAGACUGAGACUAUAACCAUCAAGCCAACACCGAAACGUAUUCCACAGAGAUGGCUUGGACCUAAAGGAUAUGUCACACACGAUAAUAAAAGAUCGAUAAAGAAGACGUGCGGCACCUGUGCAAUCGUCAACAGUGCUGGUCGACUCAUAGGAUCCAAAGCCGGUCAGGACAUCGAUGAAGCAGACUGCGUGAUCCGCAUGAAUGGCGCCCCCACGGCAACCUACGAAGCCGACGUGGGUACCAAGACAACAUACAGGGUCAUAGGUCACAGAAACUUUCCCAGGAUGAUGAAAACAAUGAAGGAGAGGCGACACUACCUCGACGAUGAGGCGACGAGGUCCGACCUUGUGGUCGUGUGGCAUUACGGCGUCAACUGGAAGAAAAACUCCCCUGCAAGAUGGAGCAAGGUGUUCUGUUCUAUCUUUAAAAAGGCCACAGUCUACCUGGCGUCUGAGACGGCCAUGAAACGAAACGAAGAAAUGUUUUACGGAGAGCUUGACAUCCAAAAAUCUAAGGUCAAAAUAUGGAUGUCAACAGGCUGGGGAACGAUGUUGUUUGCUCUUGAUGUAUGUGAAACCAUCGAUGUGUAUGGGAUGAUCUAUGAAGACUACUGCAGUGAACACCCGAAUGACACCUACUCGUACCACUACUUUGACAAGGCCCGUACCGAGUGCAGCUACUACGCAAGCAGUGAACGACAAACACUUAAGGGGCAUAAGUUUCUAACGGAGAAAGCUAUAUUUGCCAAGUGGGCCGCAAUGUACGGCAUCGUCUUCCACGAACCAUCAUGGGACGGUCACUUGAAGAAUAGUGGCAAUGACACCGUGGUGGACACACUGUUCAAGAGAACGUUUAGGGACUAUGAAGAGCAACGGGAAAGUAACAGCACCAAGUCGUGA